AUGGCUGCUAUCAACAAGAUCGCCCUUAACUCGCCGUCGAGGCAGAACCCCUCCGAGCUGGAGACCGCGAUCGCCGGCGCUCUCUUCGACUUGGAGAGCAACACACAGGACCUGAAGGCUACCCUUCGGCCUCUGCAGUUCGUCUCUGCCCGUGAGGUCGAGGUUGGUCACGGCAAGAAGGCUGUCAUCGUCUUCGUCCCCGUCCCUCUCCUCCAGGGCUUCCACAAGAUCCAGCAGCGCCUGACCCGUGAGCUCGAGAAGAAGUUCUCCGACCGCCACGUCCUCUUCGUUGCUCAGCGCCGCAUCUUGCCCCGCCCCAAGCGCUCCGCCAACUCGCGCUCCAACCAGACUCAGAAGCGUCCCCGCUCCCGCACUCUGACUGCCGUGCACGACUCCAUCCUCGGCGACCUGGUCUACCCCGUCGAGAUCGUCGGCAAGCGCAUCCGUACCAAGGAGGAUGGCAGCAAGACCCUGAAGGUUAUCCUGGACGAGAAGGAGCGUGGUGGUGUUGACCACCGCCUUGACGCCUACGGCGAGGUCUACCGCCGCCUAACUGGCCGUGCUGUCACUUUCGAGUUCCCCCAGAGCGGUCCCUCUGACUUUUAGAUCAAUUGAACCUUGAUUUCUUCUCUUUUUUUUUGACUUCAACCUUUUGAAUUUUCUUUUUCUUUUUCCAUUCCCACUUCAUCCUUCGUGAACAUGGAAAUCAUCAUCCUUAGGUGAUCUAGGAAUCCACGCGGGGAAAGUGCAAAGAAAAUAGCAAGGGGGUGGAAACUCAAGGAGAGAGAGGAGAAAUUCACAACGGGGUUUCAAUUCUGUGGUUGCGGAUCUAAAAGAACAAAACGGCGAAAAAAAUAAAGAGGGUUUCUUAGGUAGGAAGAAGAGAAGAAAACAAAGCUCAGAAG